AUGGCCGCGUGCCCCCUCACAGUCUUGUUGUCUUCUGUCCAUUGUGCGUUGUUGUGUUGUCUUUUGCUUUGCGUGGAACGGUCCGGUUCACUGCACUACACACAAGAGCGUGGCAGCGGUGGAUGCAAACCUCAAGGGAAAAGGUUCGCAUACGCACACGCCCGCCCGCUUUCCAUCCCUGCCAGCUCCCUGAUCACGGAGGGACGACAAGAAGAAGGAAGUCUGCUGGCAAUCCAUGUUGACACCCUGGGACGGGUCGGGGUAUCUACAUUCGUCGGCGGGGAGGGCCGUGGUGGGACUCGCUUGUACAUUAACAAGACAGAAAGCAACUUCGUGACAAGAGGCGGGCUCGUCCAGCACGGGGAAGGAGAAGACCUGCCCGCUCCCCUUCGCACAAGACAAUCUUAGUCUAGGCCCUGCACCUCUACCGCUUGGCUCCCUUCUUCUUUGGGUCGGUACAGAUGGCGGGCCAACCUACGGUGUACUACGUCACGUACACAAACCCGGCAAGCGCAGGAGGCGAGUUCGUCGGCGGCGGCGGUAGCAGUGUUGGAGCACCGCAUGUGGACCGGGCCCGACAGCAAGCUCCUGAGCCUCCUCCUGCCUACCCAUACCGGGGUUCGACCGCAUAUCCUCCUUCUGCCCCCCCGGCCCACCCCAGCUCCAACGGCGCCCGUCCUCCUCCUCCUGCCUACUCUGCUGUUACCCAGGGCGCAGCCGCAACCGCGCCGCCUCACGGCGGGGCCCCGGCAUACCCUGGCCUCAACGCACAGCACGGUGCCCCCCGUCCUCCUGCCUACCAGGCCGCAACCACCACCGUGCUCGGAUACCCUGGCCUCAACGCACAGAACGGUGCCCCCUGCCCUCCUGCCUACCAGGCCGCAACCACCACCACCGUCCCCGCCUACCCGGGCAUCAACGUCCAGCACCGCGGCUACUUUCCUGCCGCCCCC